AUGCCCCAGAAUGGAGUUCUUGCUGUUCAAACAUUGAGGAACAACAUAAUGGCAGGAACCUUAGUGGCAACAACAGCAGUCACACUCAACUCCAUCAUCGUAGUGAUGAUCACCAACUUCAGUUCAAGGCCCUCAACCCUCAUCUUUGGGAACCAGAGUGAGCUUUUGUUCUGGAUCAAGGUCCUCUCAGUGAUGUUCUGCUUCAUGCUGGCUUUCUUGUUUACUGUUCAGUCUAUUAGAUAUUACAGCCAUGCCAGCGUCCUUAUCCAAGUCCCUAUCAAUGUAUGUUCACAGGCAGGAGUGUACGUAGCAAAGGCCUUAACCAAGGGCUCAUAUUUCUGGGCCAUGGGCUUGAGGGCUAUCUACUUCUCUUUCCCUCUGUUUAUGUGGUUCUUUGGGCCCAUUCCCAUGGUUAUGUGUUGUCUAUUGCUGGUUUGCACACUUUAUUUUCUUGACACCUUGGAUAUUGGAAGUACUGGUGCAGUUAUUCCCCACAAUGAUAACUUGGGCAAUGGAGCCAAUGUUAAUCCACACAAUGAUGACAUGGAAUUCCUAGGGAGCUGUGUUAUUCCCCAAAAUGAUGUAGUGGAACAAUUGAGCUCUGUUAUAUAG